AUGUACAACGCGCUGCAGAAGCCAGCACAACAGGCCUUCCGUGAUACGUGGCGCUGUACGGGGCGGCAACAUGCAGCGAUGCAAAUGAUGCCUUCGGACGUCAUGUUAGGCUACAUCGCCGAUUAUACAUCUGCCGGCCUCCCAACUUCUUUAUUAAAAUCAGGACAGGGCCCAGGCAGUUGCUAUCAGCCUCAAAGCACCGGUAUUGACUAUCCGAGCAACGUGUCCGAAGUACAGCAGUCUGGAGGAUCAAGCCACGAAAUGUUAGGAAGUCGGGCUACAGAUGAUACGAUCACUAUGAAGUGGAAUAGCUUCCGACAACAGUUGGGAACGGUAUUUCGAGAUAUAUCUGAUGGACAGCUUCACGCAGCAUCGGGCACACUUCUAGAGCUGUCCAAAUGGUUCCUGCCUCAGGUAGCUCAGCUGGGCUUGCAUGAAGAUGAUGCUUCUCUACACGAAGAGAGGCUUGAUAUUUGGAACGACUUUAAUCAUGGCUGGUUAGGGUUGAUAUUUCAGCAGAAAACUCUCAUGACUUCGGGGCAAACAUCUGACUCUCGAGGGCUCAUGACUCAAGGCAAAAUCGAGGAGAUGUGCGAUGAACUAAUACGGCUAUGUGAUGGGCUGGAGCCCCAUGGUCUCGUGGAUUACCAGUACGGGCCAUAG